AUGCCGGGGGCGGCGGGCGGCGGGCGGCCGCGGGGGCGGCGGGCGGCGGGCGGCUGGGUGCCGUGCGCGGCGCUGGCGCUGGGCUGGGCGCUGGCGGCCGCGCUCGCCGCCCCCCCGCCGCACCGCUGCCGCCCCGACGCCGCGCUGCUGCCGCCGCCGCUGCGCCGUCUGGCGGGGGCCGCGCUGCUGCGCGCCGCCGUCCCGCGGCUGCGCGGCGGCUGGAGCCCCUGCCAGCUCUACCGGUACCGGCCCGGCGCCGGCACCGGCGCCGGCGCCGCGCGGCCCAACGGCACCGGGCCCUGCACCCGCGGCUGGCACUACGCGCUGCCCGCCGCCGGGCUCCGCUCCAACCUCGUCACCCAGUGGGACCUGGUGUGCGCCUCGCGCUGGAAGGUGCCUCUCGAGCAGACCACGCACUUGCUGGGGUGGAUGCUGGGCAGCGUCGUGUCCGGCCUGGCCUGCGACAGGUUCGGCCGCCGGCCCGCCUUCGUGGCCUCCCUGGUGCUGGCGGUGCCGCUGGGCCUCAGCGUGGCGCUGGCCGUGGACUACGUCAUGGCCCUGGUCACCCGGCUGCUCUUCGGCGCCGCGCUGGCCGGCGCCUUCCUCUCCCUCUACGUGGCCCGGCUGGAGCUGUGCGACCCCCCGCACCGGCUGGUGGUGACCAUGGUGGCCGGCUUCUUCUGGAUCGCCGGGGAGCUGCUGCUGCCGGGGCUGGCCCUGCUGUGCCGCGAGUGGCGGGUGCUGCAGGGCGCCGUCACCCUCAUCCUGGCCCUGCUCGCUGCCUGCUGGUGGUGCCCGGCGCUGCUGCUGGAGUCGCCGCGCUGGCUGCUGGCCACGCGGCAGCUGGAGAGGGCCAGGAAGACGCUGCAGGCGCUGGCCGAAAGCGGUGGCUCCGGCGACGACUCUUGCAACCAGGAGAGCCUCUUGGCAGAGCUGGAGUCCUUGGCUGAGGGGUCCCCGGAGCCGCGGUACCACGCGGUCUGCGAGAUCUUCGGCACCAGGGUGAUCUGGAAGAACGGCGUUAUCCUCGGCUUCACGGCGUUCAUCGGCUCCGGCAUCCGCCACUGCUUCACCCGCAACCUGGCCCCCCACCUGCCCCAGUUCUUCUACUCCUACUUCCUGCUGGUGGGCACCGAGGCGGUGGCGUGCGCCUUCGUGUGCCUCACCGCCGAGCGCUUCGGGCGCCGCGCCGUCCUCCUCCUCUGCACCGUCCUCACCGGCAUCUCCUCCCUGCUGCUGCUGGCACUCACGCAGUACCUGCUGGACCUCAUCGUGCUGACGCUCUCCGUCGUGGGCAUCACCGCCUCGCACGCCGUCGCCCUGCUCAGCGUCUUCUUCGCCAGCGAGGUGCUGCCCACCGUGGUGCGGGGCGCCGGGCUGGGCCUGAUCGUGGGGGCCAGCUUCGUGGGCAAGGCGGCCGCCCCCAUCACGGCCAUCCCCAACAGCCGCGGCUUCUUCCUGCACCACGUGGUCUUCGCCUCCUUCGCCAUCCUCUCCGUGCUCAGCAUCAUGCUGCUGCCCGAGAGCCAGGGCCGGAGCCUGCCCGAGUCGCUGCAGGACGGCGAGAGCCAGCGGCGGCCCCCGCUCUUCCGCCGCCCGCCCCGCGAGGACCACCUCCCGCUGCUGGCCUCGCAGCGCGCCCGCUGCCCGCCCCGCCGCUACGCCGCCGCCGCCCCCCCGGGCGCCCCCCGCCAGACGUAGAGCCGGCCACGGCGCUGGGCUCCUGCAGGGACCCCAGCCCCCCACCCCCCCAUGGCUGGGGCCGGAUCCUGCCC